CGGCAGCAAACACUUUCUUGGCAGUCCACAUAAUCAGUCAAAGGGAUGGGCUACUGCCGCUGUGAUACCGGGUGGGCGACACCUUUAAAAUUGAUCGACCUCAAGGUCUUUUUAUUUUCUUUUGGAACUCCAAAGGUCGAAAUCUCUUCCCCUCUCCACCUCGUCCCUGUAUUCUAUCAUGCUGUAGCUCCUGAGCCAAGUCAAAAAUGCAGCCUCCAUUCCCUUCUCCAACGUCGACAUGGCAUAACGACUCUUAUUCCUCCAUUUCGCCGAAACGACUAGAGCUUAGUGCAGAGGGGAAGAUUGUCAUAAUUGCUGGCGCGGGCAGUGGUAUCGGUCGAGAGACAGCAGUGGCUUUUGCUAGUGCUAACGCUUCUCAAAUCGUCCUCUUGGGGCGCACUAAGGCAUACUUGGAGGCCACUGCAUCCCUUCUGCCCAAGACUGUUACUACUUCAAUCUUCGCGGUCGACAUCACUCAAGAGAAGAGCCUUGAACAAGUAGCAUCCUCAGUCGGGACGUGGGACAUCCUCAUUAUCGCCUCUGCUUACCAGCCCACCCCGAAGCCUCUCGCUUCGGCAGAUAUUGGAGACUGGUGGCAAGCUUUCGAGACAAACACCAAGGGCGGCUUCUUAGGCAUUAAAGUGUUCUUGCCUACCGCCAACAAGUCCCACGCCACGGUCCUGGCUCUGACUACGGGAAUCACGGGACUUCCGCCCUCCAUGCUACCCGGCUUGUCGGCCUAUAUGGCGUCCAAGCUAGCUCAGACCAAGUUGAUCGAGUUCCUGGCGUCGGAACAACCAAGCAUCUUUGCUGCUACCGUCCACCCGGGUUUGGUCGAGACUGAGAUAUUCGCCAGAGGUGGUGGGACGACCGACGCUUUGCCAAUGGACAAGGUUCAACUCCCUGCCCAUUUUCUGGUCUGGAUGUCUAGUCAGGAAGCCAAGUUCUUGAAUGGUCGCUCGGUUUGGGCUAAUUGGGAUGUGGAGGAGCUGAAGACAAAAGCCGCAACUAUUCAGUCGGGAAUGUUGAUGACUAGCGGCAUUGUGGGAUGGCCAUACUCGCCAUUGUAGUCACUACAGUCGUAUUAAGGAUGUGGCCGAGUCUGGUUUCCCGACUUCUCGACAUCUCAUUUUUUGUGUAGGCUCGAUUUGGCGGGAUC